UGUAAAUAACACACGUAGACAAGAGCUUAGAAAAGAAUUUGUAUAAAUAGACAUCUGAGUGAAGCUUGUUGUGCAAAGGCAAAGAAUUAAACAACAGGUGCAAUGCAAGUAGCAGGGCAAGUGAGAGCAAUAGCAGCUGAGGCCUCUGUUACAAACAAGAGGAGAAGGCUUCAUUCUGCACAACCAAAUUCUUCUACCGUGCAUCAUCCUCUUCCAAAUCACUGCUGCUGUUCAUCCGUUUCAGUUUCUCCGAAAAAUUCAGUUUCUCCUACCACGCCAUUUGAAUUUCCUGAUCAAGUUCCGCAAACUUCACUCUGCUUCAACAACCAGUCCAUCACAACCAUCUCGGUAUUGUCAGAUCUAAAGGCUGAUGAAAAUUCUGGAACUGAUGAAAUUUCGAAAUCUACCAGUGAUGCUUUCAGUGACGAAAAGACGGAACAAGUAAUGGAAUCAAUCACAAAAAAGAAGAGGAAGAUUUCGCAAGCAAGAUCAACUGAUGCAUCCAAGAUGCCGUCUACAGAGGAGAUCGAAGAUUUCUUCUCCGUAGCAGAAAUGUUGCAGAAGAAAAGAUUUAUGGAAAAAUAUAAUUAUGAUAUCGUCAAGGAUGUGGCAUUGGAAGGAAGGUACCAGUGGGUUCGUGUAAAACCAUGCUAAACAAGUGAAAGCCGAAGCCACGCCAGACAUUGACAAGAUUCGAAUCAUCGACAUAUGAUAGUUGAUUUAGAGUUCAGUCAAUCUGAUUCGAUUUUGUUUUCAAGCCUGGGUAUAUACAGAGAAACUGAAGUGAUCUAAAGGAGUUGUUAUUGUACAAGACCAAAGUAGGAGCCUUGUUAUGCAAUAUUCCAUUUUGGGAAUUUUGAUCACUACUGAAAGUACACGCUUGGCUUGAAAAUACUAAAUGUAUUUUUAAUAUAUCUCUCUAUUUUUUCUACAUGUUUCAAUGCUCUGCAGAGAUUGUAGUAUGGUACAAAGACAGUGAUUAAAUCUGGUGGGGUUUUUCUUUUUCGACUUCAAUUGUUCUUUUUUAGUUUGUAGAAACUAAGCUUUGGAUUGGCAUGGU